ACGAAUGCUUGUCAGUGGUGGAUUAAUGGCCAAUAGCAGCCGCUAGGUAUGAGUUGCAGCCCAGGGGCUGAUGAUAACUGUGUUCCAGGAGUGGGGACACAUCAAGACUACAAGGGGAGGUAAUUGCUGAGUACAAGGGCGCAGCUGGGCAAGCAUUGCAAAGUAUAAAUAGUCCGACUUCAAUAGCACAUCAGUACUAGAUCUGCAUCUCCGAGCAACCGAAUUCUGGAAGAUCAGGUUUGCAUUUCAACUCCAAGACGACGUACCACAGAUAAACAUUGCACGGUUGAUGUAUUGGAGAGAAUAAGAACAGACAAGGACAUAUUCCUCUGAACAGCUAUGGAAGAACUUACAGCUUUUGUUUCGAAGUCUUUUGAUCAGAAGGUGAAAGAAAAGAAGGAUGGGAUCACGUAUCGAGAAGUUCUGGAGAGCGGGCCUGUCCGAGCUCGAGAGCCGAGUCUGAGUGAAGGCAGCCGGGAUGAAAUGAUCAGCGCACAGCGUGGGGCGUCUCGAUCCCCGAGCAGUGAGCCAGAGAUCGGGCCAGAAAGACCGCGAGACAGCGGUACACCGAAACUGACCGAUCCGGGAAGCGUUGAUAUUAAAGACAGAAAAGAAGACGCCAAACCAGUGGAAGAAGAAGCGCAGACAAAAAUUAAACAACGGCGAAGUCGGACUAACUUCACACUGGAGCAGCUAAACGAGCUGGAAAGAUUGUUCGAUGAAACCCAUUAUCCGGAUGCAUUUAUGAGAGAAGAGCUGAGUCAGAGGCUGGGGCUCUCAGAAGCCAGAGUGCAAGUAUGGUUUCAGAACAGAAGAGCAAAAUGUCGAAAACAAGAGAAUCAACUUCAUAAAGGUGUACUCAUUGGUACCACCAGUCAGUUAGAAGCUUGUCGAGUGGCACCAUACGUUAAUGUGGGAGCCUUGAGAAUGCCAUUUCAACAGGAGAAUCACUGCAACAUGACUCCCUUGUCCUUUCAGGUCCAGGCGCAGCUGCAGUUGGACAGCGUGGCGCAUGCGCACCACCACCUCCACCCGCACCUGGCUGCACAUGCGCCCUAUAUGAUGUUCCCUCCACCGCCCUUUGGUUUGCCCCUUGCCACCUUGGCAGAAUCCGCCACGGUGGUGGCAGCGGCAGCAGCAGCCAAAACCACCAGUAAAAACUCCAGCAUUGCAGACUUGAGACUUAAAGCGAAAAAACACGCUGCAGCACUAGGCCUGUGAUCUGAACAGUGAUUCCAAAUACACAGAUCUUUCGAAACAAAAGCCUCCGAAGGAGGAAGGACUCGCAGCUGGGAAAAGUUCAGAAGUGAGCUUUCUGCAAAUCCAUUUUAGCACAACUUUACUUGAUACACCCGGGGGCUGGUCUCCUAUAGCAUAAUGGAAAUUCCUGACGUAUGCUUUUGCUUCCCAUAAACCACUGGAAUAAUUAUUCAGAGAUGGAAAAUGGAUCGCUAAUCUGCCAUGAACCGUUUAUGAGAGUCAAGAGUGAACAAUCAAAUGAAAUACGAAGAAUUACACUUGCAUGUAUAUUUAUACUAUUUUCAAUGAUGCUUAUGUCCUUUGAGUCAGAAUUGCACUUGGUUUAUGUUAGAUGGAACAAACCAUUGCUUUUACAAGUGUGGAGAGGAAAAAAUAGUUUUAACGGUUCUCAUUUUAGAUUUUCAUGUGUACUAUUUUCUUCUUCCAGUAACAUAAGUAAUGGAUAAUUAUAACUAUUCUACCUAGAUGUCCAUUUGUUUUAGAUCAAAAAGAUAUAAAUUAUGUAUUCUACAUUCUUACCGUACUGAACUCUUAUCGUUUAAACCAUAAGAUAAGGUACGGCCCUCUGUAAAAAAAAAUGUUGAUACACGAACAAAGUUUAUUUUGUUUAAAAUUGUGUACGGCUGAUAGACUGUCAGUAUUUAAUUUUUAUUUCAUAGAAGUGUGUUUAUUCAUAAAUAUUUCUCUUGUGCUGUUGUGGGAAUUUAUUUCACAUAGAUGUUUAUGGGAUGUAUUUCAAUGAGGUGUUGGUUUCAUUGAAACCUUGAUUCAAUCAAUGAAGAUCAGAAUUUGAAGAGCCCAUUGUGAAGGGAUAUUGCUCAGAGUAAUACCGCCUUUCCCCACCGUCAUGGUAGACCUUGAAAACAAAGAUGUUUUUGCAGUUCGUAGAUGCUGCGCCCUUCUAGGAUUAUUUAUAAUAAAAUGAACAGACUAUUUGUACAAGUGUUCAACAAUGACUCUAAAAUGAAACAAAACCUUCGCUGUUGUACAGUUCUAUGGUUUAAUGUCAAUGCAAUUAAUUUGAAUGAAAUUAAUUAAC